GAGUGCAGAGAGACUUGAACGGAAGCAAGAGGGAGAUAAGGUCGUCAUACCGUGUUCGAUUGACCAAACAAACCAAGAUGGAAUGUACCUUUACAAGAACUACCACCAAAGGUAUGAAGUGACCUAUCUCACAAGCAAAAUGCAGUCCAGUCCAAGAGUAGCCUUUGCGAACAGGAUUCAAGUUACGGGCGUCUUUACCCAGCCGAUUGUCACCAUAACCAACCUGACCAUCGAUGACACUGGAGUCUACUGGUGCCAAUACUUGAGGUAUGAAGGACCAAAGCAGCAUCCGACUCUCAGUAAAGAUGGCCUCACAUUGUUGGUGGUCUCUGGUCUGGAGGUCUGCCCCACUCCUGCCCCAACACGUCACAUGAUGCAGCCUCAAGAUGAACAGAGGUCCACCAUGUUGGUUGUGACUGGAAUCACCGUCUUCUCUCUAGCUCUCAUUGUGUUCAUCAUUCUCAUCAUCGGGGUAAAGCAUUGCUUUGCCAUCAAAGGGAAAUACUCGCCUGGCCCCCAGUCUGGUGGUGACCCUGACUAUGAGCAGAUGAGUCCGAGGACCACCUCCAUGUCUCAGAUGAGUCCGAGGACCACCUCCAUGUCUCAGAUGAGGCCCCAGAGGGACACCUCCACGUCCCAGGUGAGGCCCCAGAGGGACACCUCGAUGUCUCAGAUGAGUCCGAGGACCACCUCCAUGUCUCAGAUGAGGGCCCAGAGGGACACCUCCACGUCUCAGUCUUCAGGCCUGGUGCUGAUUAACCCGGACUAUGCAGCGUACCCAAACUCAACAUACGUAGUCUGCCAAUAA